AUGGAAACCCUUCUCGUACUCGCUUUCGACAACCUCUCCUCCUUCGACCAAGGACGGAUUCGAAAGGGACUCCGACAAGUCGAAGGACUCCUCGCCCAGAUUUGCCUUUCGUCUCCAACGACCGCUGCCGAAAAACGCCGGUCAGUGAUCGAUCCUGGCAAAGAACCACCACCACCACCGCGCUCGUUGCAGGAGCUCAGUGGGGACCCGGCCUUUCGAGAAUUCUUCAAAUUGCAAGACAAUUUCCAGUGGAACGUCACAGCGCAGUUGUUGAACUCGUUAGAUCGGCUGUUGAGCAAGAAUAACGAUGGGGCGAUGGAGAUAUUGAUUAUCCAGACGUUGAAUCUGAUUCAAGGGACUUUACUGGUGCAUCCACCCAGCCGAGGGUUGUUUCAGAGAGAGAUGUAUAUGAAUCAUCUUCUAGAUCUUCUGGAGCCAGAUAUGUGUCCGGCCGUACAAUCAUCAACUAUCAUUACCCUCGUCUGCGCCUUGAUCGAAGCACCUCAGAACGCACGAACUUUCGAAAGACUCGACGGUCUCAUGAUGAUCACCUCGGUCUUCAAGUCGAGAGAAACAACAAGAGAGGUAAAACUCAAGCUUGUGGAGUUCCUAUACUUCUAUCUCAUGCCCGAAACUCCUUCCAUCCCAUCCGCAAACGCGACAGCUUCUGUUCCGGCAAUGCUACAACGAAGCCCGAGCAAAUUAGCUGGAGCUUUCAACCGAGCGGAUUCGGCGGCGAGGAAGCGGGCCGACAGUGAGAGCGGUAUAACCCGGACGACGGAUGAGAAGCAAGUACUUCUGAGUAAACAUCUACCGAACGUGGAGGAUCUGGUUGUGGAUUUGAGAGAAGCACAAGCCGCGUUUGGCGGAGACCUUAACUGA